UUCCUACCCCUUCAUCUUCACCAUGGUACAAAGUCAAACUCUCAACCUCACCUCACCUACCCAAAUAUUCAUCCAAUCCCCACCUCUUACUUCUUCAACUCCCAUGCUCUUUUGAUCAUUCCCCUCUUCCCCUUCACCCCCUUCACCCUUCUCCGAUAUGGGACUUCAUCACAGAAGGCUGUUGUCACCUAACGACAACUGUGAACUCAUCUGCAAUGAGGAAGAAAAGUCUUGUUCAUCAAACUGCCAAGAUUGCAUCAAAAACUGCCUUGAACUUUCAUCUUCUCUGAGUCAAACCAAGCACAAAACCUCCACCUACUUGAUCAUCGGUUUCUCAAUCGUGGCUGCAGUUUUCUUCGCCAUGUGCUGCUAUGCUAUCUACGUCAAGUUCAUCUCCCCAUGGAACAGGAGGAGGAGGAGGAGAAGAACAACAACCUUAGCACUGCAACAAACAGAGGAAUCUUUCACCGACGAGGAACAUGGUCCUGUGGUUGACCAGGAUCACCAUAUCUGGUUCAUACGCACCACCGGUCUGCAACAAUCGAUUAUCAGUGCAAUCACGGUUUGUGAGUACAAGAAAGGUGAGGGGUUGGUUGAAGGAACUGAUUGCUCUGUUUGCUUGAGCGAGUUUGAAGAAGGUGAGAAUCUCAGGCUUUUGCCUAAGUGUAACCAUGCUUUUCAUUUGAUUUGUAUUGAUACUUGGCUGAGAUCGCAUACCAAUUGCCCCAUGUGUCGUGCUCCGAUUGUUGCAAAUCCUGCUAUGGUUUCAUCUAUGGAGGUUGAUAUUUUGGGUGAGAAUUCUGUGGAAAGUGGUGUUCAUGGGGGAGAGAACAGUGGUGGUGGUGGUGGUGGUGGUGAGAGGUUGAGGAAUGUUGGAAAUGAGGAAGAAGAAGAAGGGGAAGGUGGUGGAGAUGGGAGGAGGAGGAGGAGCAGGGUAUGUGAAAGUGGGAGGUUAGGUUCUGAGCUGGUGAAUGUGCUGCCUAGGAGAUCAGUGUCUCUUGAUUCUGCUUCUGCUGCUAAGAUCAAUCUUGCUCUUACUAAUGUUUUAUCAGUGCAAUCUCGUGGGAAUUCAAAGAGGGUUUCUGGGAAUGGGAAUUCUUCUUCUUCUAGGGGAAGUAAUCUGCAGCAGAGUGCGCCUUGUUCGAUGAAGAGGUCGCGAUCCUACAAUGGUAAGCAUCUGCUAUCCUGGUAUAGCCGCAGCCAGAAAAAGCCAAAUGCUCCUCCAAGAAGCUUUUGAGAUUCCUCUUGGCUCUUUAUGUAGAGCCAGUUUGGAUGCGGAUCAAAGAACACUCAUUGGAGCUUAUUCAGUGCUUCUUUGCUAGUAGAUAAACUUCAAUAAGUAUUGUUUAGUCCUUAUCCAAUCAGGAUGGUAAUGUAUUUCUAACUCUCUACAAGUUGAGGGUUUGAAAGAUUUCUGUUUGAAUCAAAUAAGUUAUGCGAUGAUGAAGUUUAUCUAGCAAAGUAAAAGUUCACACUUCACAAACACACUGAAGAUUGCCCUUGAUAAGUUUUGCUCAGAAGGUGCCAUAGCAUCAAAAUGCAUGUAUAGCUUUUCCUCAUCUUAAGUCAAUGGAUUGCUGAAUUUAUGUUA